AUGUCAAAUGUAAUUAGAGAAGGUGGCUUCUCGUAUUUCGUCGAAAGAGUGGUCGACGAUUUAAGAUACUUAAGAUGUCGAGCAAUUGUAACUCAACGAUGUCGAGCUCGGGGUACAAAAUUUUUAGACCACCCAAUCAUCCUCACCAGAGCACAUUGCCACGGCCGUGAUGAAGAUGAAGAAGAUCGCCUGCAAUUCCAGCGAGACCUUAUUCGUGGUGCUCAGGCUUCAUUCCUGCCAUUAAAAACAGUUUAUAAUACUGUUUUGGAACAUCAUCCUAAUCGAGAUGGAAAGCAAACAUACCGAAUGGUGUGUAGACUGAUGUCAAAUGCUCGUGACAGAAUGGAUCUACCUGAUCCCCAAUCAUAUUCGGAUUUGAUAAAUGUUAUGUACAGUGCAGCGUUUGGUUCAUUAAAAAGAUACACAAAUAUGAAUUCAAUUCAGUUAAACUACGUAGGUAAUGAUGCAUUAAUUAUCGGAGAUCCUGAUUUCAUUCAGUCAAUAAAUUUCACUGUCAUUCAUACAAGCUCAACAGCUUCAGUUGUGCCGGAAUUUAACAAUGCUCAGUUACUCACUUACAUCUUAGCAGAAGUGAAUGGUCAUGUAUUUCCAAUUGUUACCAUAUUAUGGUCUCGAAGGACUCCAGCAGUGUGUGCCGCUGUUUUGAAUAUUAUACAUCAUCAAUAUAUUAGAAAUGCGCCACUUACGAUCUUUACUGAUUUUGAUUUGAAGCUGUACUUUGAGCAUGAAUUUCCUAAUAGCGUAAUUCUGGGAACUUAUCAUAGUUAUUGUCGUAUUAUUUUUCAAAAAGCUUUGAAUCUGGAACUUGACACUAAUGCCAUUGAAGUUCAAGAGUUUCUAAAAAAAUGUAUGGGACUUAUUCUUUUGCCAGAGAAUCAUACUUCUGCAGCAUUGACGAGUUUGACUCAAUCUCUUCCACCGAAUUGGCUUCACCAGUUACAACCGUUUAUUAAUUACUUGCAAACUGAAUGGAUUGACGGUGUCACCCCAAAUAGACUGUCAUUAUUUCAAAGCCUAAAAGGAGUCAACAACAUUUCCGUUUUAUUCACUCGCGAGUUACAAUAUCGACUGAGAAAUCGAAACCCAACAAUCUGGAGUUUUUUAAGAAGUUAUGUCCAAUUUAUAAAUGCAGCAGCAUUAGACGUAAUCAAAAUUGUACGCCAACCAUGUGCUACCAUUAAAUUUCCUGGUAUCAGCGCGCUUUGUGUCCAACGACUUUUAUUGCGGAAACAGUGGAGUGCUGUUAAUGAUAAUAGAAUUUCACCUUUGGAAUUUUUAAACGCUGUAAUGCCAAUCCAAACAGAAUAUUUUAACAAUUUACUUCACAAUGCUGAAUUUUUAAUAGAACAGCAACUGCUUGUUAAUGAAACAAAUAAUGUAGAACCUAUGGUUGAAGCUAUUGAAAUGAUAUGUACAAUCUGCUAUGAUGAUCCUGUUACUGUUGUCUGCUUACCAUGUCUUCACAUACAAAUGUGCACUGAGUGUGCCAAUAACACUCAGGAGCAAGCAAGAAUAAAUCACAGACCUCUCUUGUGUCCUUUUUGUAACUUGCCGUCAGAGCUUCGUCAAGGGAACUUCAGAGUUGAUCCACAAAUCAAUAUUCCAUUAAUGACAUGUGAAUUAUGUAAUAUUAACUCAGUAAAAAUUGUUUGUUUUCCGUGCAUGCACAUAAAAAUGUGUGUACCUUGCUCUGAAGAAAGAGCAGCAGCUGCUGUUAAUGAAGAUAUCGAUGUACACUGUCCAUUUUGUGAUGAGCCAGCUGUCUUCCAGCGAGGAUUUUUUCCGCUUGCUUAAACUUACUUUUAUUUAAAGUCAACUAACUAUGUUUUCAAAUUUAAUAUUUAAUUUACAUUUUUUAAUUAUGUUUAAUUAUAAGAACGAAUUCAUUUGGUCUUGAAAAAUGUUAACUUAAAAGCAUUUUUAUAAUAAUUUUUAAUGUUCAAUUUUUUUAUGUAUCUGAUUUAUUGAGAAU